UUUCGACCACGCGUGAACAAACGGCGUAGCCGCUGACCGAGGAUAGACAGAAAAAAAACACUAAUAUGGCGGCUAAAAUAGCCCGAGCUGAGUCAUCAAUGGAAGUUGAAGAUUCCAUUUCUCGUGGAUCGAUAGAGGUUUGUCGUCUUAUGCAUCCUGAUGAUGCCAACUUAGCAGGCAAUGUUCAUGGAGGCACGAUCCUGAAAUUGAUCGAGGAAGGAGGGUUUAUAAUAGCAACAAGGCAUUGCAACAGGAAUCGAUCCAAAGAAGAGCCCGUUCUGGCUGCCUUGGCGCGUGUUGAAAGAACAGACUUUAUACAACCGAUGUUCAUCGGUGAAGUCGCACAGGUUCACGUCCAGUUGGGCUACGCAUCGAAGAGAUCUUUAGAAGUUAAAGCCAGUGUCUGGGCUGAGAAUGUUUUAACCGGAAGUCGUCGAUUGACUAAUCGCGCUUCUCUUUGGUAUGUUCCAAUCGUGAUGGGAUCAGAUGUUCGAAUUAUUCCUGAGGUUCCCGCUUUGGAAUAUUGUAGCAAAGAGGAAGAGGAAGAAGGCAAAGAGCGAUACGAGCUACAGAAGAGAGCCAGGCUUGACAAGGAGGAGCAUUUUCAAGAGAAUCCCCCAAGCAAUUAUCUGAUUUCACCGUCAGUUCACCCAGCUGGAAAGAACGUUUCACGUUAUAGCGUGUUAAAUUCGGAAUCAUCAUUAAUCCACUCAGUACAACCAUCAGAAUGUACAAAGGCUGGGUUUGUUCUUGGAGGAGUGACUAUGAAAAUGAUGGAUGAGGUGGCAGGAAUUGUGGCAUUUAGACACUGCAAAACUAAUGUGGUCACUGCAUCUAUUGAUGCCAUUGACUUCCAUGCCCCUGUCAAGCUUGGUCAUAUUAUACACAUCACUGGCCGAGCAACAUUUACUAGUGCUAAGUCAAUGGAGAUAGAGGUGGUUGUACAUGCCAAGGAUUAUCAUCUAGAUGACAGCAUAAGAGCAUGCAGUGCAUACUUCACAUUUGUGUCUCUUGAUGAAAAAAGAAGACCCCAGACUAUUCCCUCUCUGGAACUACACACUGAGGAAGAGGCAAGACGCUUUGAGGCAGGGAAGAAAAGAUAUCAAAUACGUAAAGAGAAAAGAGUGGGUCAAAGCUAAAUGAUGGGCCAUGGUAGAUUCUAAAUCAAGCAACACUAAUAUCAGUUUCAGUGUUUUCAGCUCAGGCAAUGAUCACUGCAACUAGUUGAAAGGCUCUAGGUAUUAAAACAAAGAUUUUUCAAGAUACCAACUACAAGUAUAUAAAUACAGAAUUUUUACUAUGUUCUCCAGGAGUCAACAAAAUUUUUCAUAUGAUGAAACAUCUGUGAAAAUGGCUAUGUUUUAAGACAUCUUAUUUUAGGAUACUGUACCACAUUAAAACUACUAUAAAUUUCUCAUAGAAAAAAAACUGGAAUGUUUUCACCUUUAGUUUUUAUCUGCAAGUUUCAGAGAAACAGACUUAAAUCUUUUAUUUUGAACCCAAUCAACAUGUAAAGAAAAGACCAAAACUUAAAUACAUAAAUGUAAUAACAACUACAUUGCACUGUUUACCAGUAUAGUGAUAUAAUAUUAUUUUAAGGUAAAUUUUUGUAAUGAGUAAUAUUACUGGUUGUAUUUCAGAUUUUGUAAUCUAUGUAAUAUUUAAAUAAAUAUUUAUGGUCA